CGGGCAAAGCCCAGUGCAUGCAAGGUCAUCCUGCCCACCCCUGUCCUCUUCCUCCCUUCUCUCAGAGAAGAGCUUUCAGCAAACGGAGCUGCUGCUCACACUGCUCUGUCUUCAUCCCUGCACCGAGUCCGUCCCUGUGUGGCAGGAGGCAGGAUGCAGCCCGGAUUCUGGCUGCUGGCCGGCACCCUGGCAGCAGUGCUGGGCAUGGCCCUCCUGGAGGACAGCGUGUGCAAGGCACCGGACGGCAAGAACGGCUCUCCUGGAGUCCCCGGCAGAGAUGGCAGGCCGGGCCAGAAGGGUGACACGGGAGAGCCAGGGAGAGCAGCRUCAGGCACAGACACCAAGGGAUCCAAGGGGGAUGCAGGCGAGCCAGGGUUUCCCGGUUCACCCGGCCUGGCCGGCCCACCUGGCCCGCCCGGCCUCCCGGGGCCCGCAGGACAGCCGGGACWGCCGGGACWGAAAGGAAGCGCUGUCACCGCUCUGGAGCACCCCCGGCCCGCCUUCUCCGCCUCCAGACUCGCCCCGCCACGCUCCGGCACCACCGUGGUGUUCGACAGGAUCAUCACCAACCAGGAGAACUCCUACAGCGCCCAGACCGGCAARUUCACCUGCAGCAUCCCCGGGCUCUACUUCUUCUCCUUCCAGGUGGUGUCCAGCGGGGACCUGUGCCUGAGCAUCGCCAAGAACGGGGCRCGCGUGGUCAGCUUCUGUGACAACAACAGCCAGGCCAUGCUGCAGGUGAACUCGGGCAGCAGCGUGCUCAGCCUGGCUGUGGGUGACCAGGUGUCCCUGACCACCGACCCUGCCGGGGCCAGCUCCAUCUACAGCGGCUCCGAGGUGGACAGCGUCUUCAGCGGGUUCCUGGUGUCCCCAGAGACGGCCUGAGGGACUCCCAUGGCAUCGGGGGUGUUCCCCUGGGGAUGGCUGUGUGGGAUGCUUUAGUGCCACAGCACAUGGGGCUGGUCCCAAAUUGAGCAUCCAGAUGUGUCCUGUGCUUCCACCAGUGCCUGCACCACCCUGGAGGCUGUGGACUCAUCCCUCUCUCCUUCUGGGCACUCGAGCUCCACUCCCAGUUGUCACCAGCUGUGACUCUUUGCUCCUGAGUGGGACAUCACUGCCUGCCACUGCUGCUGCUCCACUAACCACUGCAAAAUUCUUCCUGGCACUGGGGCGCAUCCUGUCGCAUCCUCCUCAGCAGAAUAAAUAAACGCUUCUUCUA